ACCUGCUCUGGAUCCUUCCCUUAGCACAGACAACUGUGAUGACCCACUAGCUUCCCUGCUUUCUCCAAUGGCAUUUUCCAGUUCCUCAGACCUCACUGGAACGCACAGCCCAGCUCAGCUCAACCGGAGAGUUGGAGCCGGCGGUUGGUCCCCGGAAGACUCCAACGCUCAGCAGUGGCUGCAGAUGGACCUGGGGGGCAGAGUGGAGAUUACGGCCGUGGCCACGCAGGGGAGAUACGGGAGCUCCGACUGGGUGACCAGCUACAGCCUCAUGUUCAGCGACACAGGACACAACUGGAAACAGUACCAGCAAGAAGACAGCAUCUGGACCUUUGCGGGAAACACGAAUGCGGAUGGCGUGAUGCACCACCGGCUGCUGCACCCAGUGAGAGCCCGCUUUGUGCGCUUCGUGCCCCUGGAGUGGAACCCAAGUGGGAAGAUUGGCAUGCGCGUGGAGGUCUACGGGUGCUCCUAUAAAUCCGAUGUUGCUGACUUUGACGGCAGAAGCUCCCUUCUGUACAGGUUCAAUCAGAAGCUGCUGAGCACCCUCAAAGAUGUGAUCUCGCUGAAGUUCAAGAGCAUCCAAGGAGAUGGGGUUCUGUUCCAUGGGGAGGGUCAGCGUGGAGACUACAUCACCCUGGAGCUCCAGAAAGGGAGGCUGGCCCUGCACCUCAACCUGGAUGACAGCAAAGCCCGGCCCAGCGGCGGCCCCCCGUCAGCCUCCCUGGGCAGCCUCCUGGACGACAGGCACUGGCACUCAGUCCUCAUCGAGAGGGUGGGCAAGCUCGUGAACUUCACUGUGGAUAAGUACACGCAGCACUUCCGGUCCAAGGGAGAGGCCGAUGCCUUGGACAUCGACUAUGAGCUUAGUUUUGGAGGAAUUCCAGUUCCAGGCAAACCUGGGACCUUUUUAAGGAAAAACUUCCAGGGAUGCAUGGAAAACCUCUACUACAACGGAAUCAACAUAAUUGACCUGGCUAAGAGGCGAAAGCACCAGAUUUACACCGUGGGCAAUGUCACUUUUUCCUGCUCCGAACCACAAAUUGUUCCCAUCACAUUUGUCAACUCCAGCAGCAGCUACCUGCUGCUGCCCGGCACCCCCAGAAUCGAUGGGCUCUCGGUGGGCUUCCAGUUUCGAACGUGGAACGCGGACGGUCUGCUGCUGGCCACAGAGCUGUCUGAGGGCUCCGGGACCCUGCAGCUGAGCCUGGAGGGCGGGGCCCUGAGGCUGCUCAUUCAGAGAACGGCGGAACGAGCGGCUGAAAUCCUCACAGGCCGCGGCCUGAAUGAUGGCCUGUGGCACUCAGUCAGCAUCAAUGCCAGACGCAGCCGCAUCAGUCUCACCCUGGAUAACGAUGCAGCCUCCCCCGCUCAGGACGACACCUGGAUACAGAUUUAUUCUGGAAAAAGCUACUACUUUGGAGGGUGCCCUGACCAUCUCACCGCUCCCCGGCGCUUAAAUCCUAUUAAGGCUUUCCAAGGCUGCAUGAGGCUCAUCUUUAUUGAUAACCAGCCCAAGGACCUCAUUUCAGUUCAGCAAGGUUCCCUGGGGAAUUUUAGUGAUUUACACAUUGAUCUGUGUAGCAUCAAAGACAGGUGUUUGCCAAACUACUGUGAACAUGGAGGAAGCUGUUCUCAGUCCUGGACUACCUUCUAUUGUAACUGCAGUGACACCGGUUACAUUGGCCCCACCUGCCAUCACUCCCUCUACGAGCGAUCCUGCGAGGCAUACAGGCACCGCGGGGACACCGCUGGCUUCUUCUACAUCGACCCAGAUGGCAGCGGGCCGCUGGGACCUCUCCAGGUGUACUGCAACGUCACAGAGGACAAGAUCUGGACAUCUGUGCAGCACAACAACACAGAGCUGACCCACGUGCAGGGCGCCAGCCCCCAGCAGCCCUACUCCAUGGCCCUGGCCUACGGGGGCAGCCUGGAGCAGCUGGAGGCCGUGAUCGACAGCUCGGAGCACUGCGAGCAGGAGGUGGCCUACUACUGCCGGCGGUCGCGCCUGCUCAACACGCCAGAUGGAGUUCCCUUUACCUGGUGGAUGGGCCGGUCAAAGGAGAGGCACCCGUACUGGGGAGGUGCUCCUCCCGGAGUCCAGCAAUGUGAAUGUGGCCUGGAUGAGCUUUGCCUGGACGUUCGGCACUUUUGCAACUGUGAUGCUGACAAGGAUGAAUGGACAAAUGAUACCGGCUUUCUUUCCUUCAAAGACCACUUGCCUGUCACUCAGAUAGUUAUCACAGAUACCAACAGGUCGAACUCAGAAGCUGCUUGGAGAAUUGGGCCCUUGCGCUGCUACGGCGACCGACACUUCUGGAACGCCGUCUCCUUUUACACAGAAGCCUCCUACCUCCACUUCCCUACCUUCCACGCGGAGUUCAGCGCUGAUAUUUCCUUCUUUUUUAAAACCACGGCUCUCUCUGGAGUUUUCCUAGAAAACCUUGGCAUUACGGACUUCAUCCGACUUGAAAUAAGCUCUCCUUCUGAGAUCACUUUUGCCAUUGAUGUUGGGAGCGGCCCCGUAGAGCUCGUAGUCCAGUCUCCUUCUCCUCUGAACGACAACCAAUGGCAUUAUGUUCGGGCAGAGAGGAACCUCAAGGUGACCUCGCUUCAGGUGGACAGCCUCCCAAGGACAAGCAUGGAGACUUCAGAGGAGGGACAUUUCCGACUACAGCUCAACAGCCAGCUGUUUGUAGGAGGAACAUCAUCAAAACAGAAAGGCUUUCUAGGAUGCAUACGCUCCUUACACUUGAAUGGGCAGAAACUGGACCUGGAGGAGAGGGCCAAGGUCACAUCUGGAGUCCGGCCAGGAUGCCCUGGACAUUGCAGCAGUUACGGCAGCAUCUGCCACAAUGGGGGCAAGUGUGUGGAGAAGCGCAGUGGGUACUUCUGCGACUGCACCAAUUCACCAUAUGAAGGACCCUUUUGCAAAAAAGAAGUUUCUGCUGUUUUUGAGGCUGGUACUUCAGUUACUUAUGUGUUUCAAGAACCCUACCCAGUGACCAAGAACCUAAGCCAGUCAUCCUCAGCCAUCUAUGCAGAGUCAGCUGCAUCCAAGGAAAACAUCACACUUAGCUUCAUGACAGCUUGGGCACCCAGCCUCUUGCUCUAUAUCAAUUUUUCUCAGGACUUCCUGGCUGUCCUGCUCUGCAAGAAUGGAAGCUUACAAGUUCACUAUCAGCUGAGUAAGGAAGAAACCCAUGUGUUCACCAUUGAAGUAGAGAACUUUGCCAAUAGAAGGCUGCACCACUUGAAGAUUAACCGAGAGGGAAGAGAGCUUGCCAUUCAGGUGGAUGAGCAGCUCCGGCUCAGCUAUAACUUCUCCCCAGAAGUGGAGUUCAGGGCUGUAAGGUCACUCACCUUGGGCAAAGUCACAGGUUUGUAGUCCAGCCCACACCUU